UCAACAUGUCUUGAUUUUGCUAGACCAUCCGUUGUCAGGAUCAUGGCGAGUGAAAACUAAGUUUACUAACAAGACACAUAACUGUCGUUACAAAAAAACUAACAUGGAGGAAGCUUGGGAUUUCGAAUUUGUGUCCCGUGUCGUUGACAGUUUAGUGUCAUUCUUGUCAGAGUUUGUGGACGACUGGCUAGCCAACGAUAUGAGAGUAACGGUUUUUAAAAUAUUAUUUAGCUGGCUCGUAUUUAGUCUUAUUGCUAUUCACUUUGCCUGGAAAGUGUACGGCAGCACAGUCAACGAUAUGUACUACAGACAAGGCACCGGUGGACAAAACGGUGGUACUCCGGACACGGCACCUCAUCAUGGCUGGGAUAGUGCGUCGGGGGAUGCCCUGAAGAUUCACCGUGACUAACGCGAGACAAGGACGUUGCACAAAGCCCGUUAAGAUCAGAAUUCGACACAGGACAAAUGAUUACGUUACACCCGAAAACCGGAGCAUUUUCAUCUUGAUUCCCAACAAGCUGUUCAUGUACAGAGCCCAUAAGAAGAUGGUGUGUGGUCACAUAAAACUCUGGGUGUAUUCCGGUCAAGGCCAUGAACCGUUUGCUCUUUGUUCUGUUCUGUUUAAUUAUAAAACCAUCCAUUCUGCUGAAGCAAUAUGCUGGAGGUGACAUCAAAAAAAAAAAAAAGAACAUGUCCUGGCAUUUGCUCUCCUCAGCAGAAAUGUUAUGUAGUAUAAAAUGGGAUCAGUUAUUAAAAACAUUUGACGUGAUAAUCUGGAAAGUGAUGUGUGCAUCUGAAUUAUAGGAUAGCAGUGGCCUGCAUACAGGUAAAUGCAGAUAAACCCAUUAUACCAUCUGCCUUCUCAUGGCAUGAUCAGAAUGGACAGCCUGGUGCCUCUGGGCCAGAAUCUCCACGGACCCGUUUCCGCUUAAAGAUCAAAUAACAAUGAUUGUGCUUGUGACUGUAUUUCCUAGGAGCAUAAUAAUAAGUGAAGGCCAGGGAGUUGUAGGAUUGACGAACUAAGUGUUCGUUGUAACAGAACUGGUCUAGAGUUCUACCGGCUCCUGUAUGAUGUCGCUGUCAUCUCCUACAUUUGACUCUACUGGCUCGUUCUCUUUUUGGAGGAAAAGACAGUGAGGGUGACAGUGACCCAGUCUAGUAGAUGAGUGAACUGGAUUAAGAAGUAUUGUAAGAGGGGUGUGUGUGUGGGUGUGUGUUUA